AUGCGGCUGCCGGAGCUGUGCCUGGCGCUGCUCUGCGCCGCCGGCACCGGCACCGAAGCGCCGCGGGCAGCCCGGGAGCGGCCGCUGGCCCCGGAGCAUGGGGAGCCCGGCGCGGCCCGCGUGGAUCCCCGGCAGGCCUGGAUGCUGCUGGCCGGGAGCCCCGGGAGGAGCAGCGGCGAGCGCGGCCGCGGCGGCUCCGCGGCUCUCACGGCCCCAGCGGGCCCCGGCACCCCUGGGAAAUCAACCGCGGGAGCCGGGGCUGGCCCGGCCGUGCCCGAGGAGCUGCUGAGGGAGCUGCAGCUCCUGCUCAGAGGCACGGCAAAGGUGUGCAGAACAGCUGGGGAAGGGUCUAAGGAGGAGGAGAGCAGCGAAGGCAGCGCCCAGCGUCGUGUGGAAGCAGCCUUCCAUUGCCAAACGCGUGCAGACCUCGCUGUGGAGCAGAAGACGUGGCUGGAGCUGGGGCAGUUCUACAUUCCUGAGAGGGAGGAGAUGUUCCAGCGUGGCCCGGGGCUGAACCUGACCAGCGGGCAGUACACAGCCCCCCUUGCGGGAUUCUACACCUUCAGCAGCACGCUGCACAUCGCGCGCAGGGAGCCGCGGAGGAAGAGGCAGGGAUGCCGCGGGAGCCGCCUGCGGGUGCUGAUCUGUGUGCAGUCCCGCUGCCAGCACAACAGCCAUCUGGAGAGCGUAUCCCAGCUGGAGAGCAGCGGGGAGCUUUUCACCAUCUCUGUCACAGGCACCCUUUACCUGCAGUGCUGUGCUGCUGGGAGUGUGAAGAGGCUGGACCACGCUGAACUUGUGCCAGGAGCAGCCAGACCCUUCUUCCCUCUGCCAGCCACCACUGUGCCUCCCCGGCUCAGCACCAAGCCCAAGGAAGAGCAUUUGCUCAUGCAGGGAGCUGCAGUCUGGUCUGAUACUGCUCAUGCUGAAGAUGGACAAAAGAUCACGAAGGUGAUGAUGAUGAUGAUGAUGAUAGUAAUAAAGCAGCCUGAGCAGGACCUAAAGGCAUUCACUUUUACCUAAAGGCUAGGCCUAGAAGUUUAUCUUGGGAAACACUGCUGGCAGUGGCAGCAGAUGGCUGCCCAGGGCUCAGCUCCCACCGUGAUGGUACAAAGCCCCACAUGUCCAUUAUUUUCCUUGGUGCACUUCCCUUCCCUGCCCAGACUCAGUCUCGGCAGCCCAGGCCAGAUUCUGCAUUGCUUUAGCCCCUGCAGUGUGUGAGCAGGGGCUUUGCUGGAGCCAACAUCCCUCACACCAAUCAUCAAAGCAAAGUCCCAACAGUGCCACACGUUGGAUUAAAGCAAAUUCCUGCCCUUGGCGUUGCAGAGCAGGCACUCCCUGGCUGUGGCAGCCCAGAUAGAGCCCAGCUCUGUGCUGUGGCUGUGAUAGCUCAGCAGGGCACAGCCUGCGUGACCCAGCCAGGGCAGCACCAGGAAGGGUGAGCACCUCAUUUCCCAGUAGUGCUCAGGACUGGGCAAGUGGUGCCAGCAGCACUGCAAGAUAGCCUCAGCUAACAGCCCCACCUUCUCCAUGGAUGUCCCUGCCCUUCUCCCCGGGCUGCAUCUCCUUGAGGAGCCUGCUGAAGGAGCUGUUAAUGCAGCAGUUCAUGGGUAGGGGUGUUUGGGUCUGGAAAAAGGGGCAGCUGAGAAGGGAAAGCAAAUUGCCUUUCUGAAAUUUGCCAUCAGGGUUCAUUUUGCCACAAACAGAAGAGAAGCAACUCCAUGCUGCUCUGUCUGGGCUCUCCAAAUUUGCCUUUCAAGAGCAGAAAACAGGAGAGUGUGCUGCUAACAAAGGCAUCCCCUCUCAGCUCAUCCUGCACUGCAGCCUCACAUCAAAAUACACAGGAAUGGCUGGGAGCAGAACAAGCUGGCAGAGGAUUCACCAGCACUACCCAAAAUCUGUGCCAGAGGGCCACUUCCUUCCCCAGUGCUCUGCAGGAGAUGCAGAGAGUCAGGGUGCACCCUCAGACUAAGCCCAUGAAGUGUAACUCACUACUGCUGGAGCAGAAACAGGAGAUGGCCAAGCCCCCUGUCCCAAACAGCCCAGGAGCUGGGACAAAUCCCAAAGUUCCAGGGAUACAGAAAACAGAAAGGAGCCAGGGAAGCUCCUGCACCACCCUGCCCUUGUCCCCUUCCCUGGGACUGCAGCUGGGCCUCAACAGAGCAAGGAGGCAACCACAAUGCACAGCCCUCAGCCCCCUCACACACAGGGUGGGAAAUUGGAAACUUCAGGGCUUAGGUAGCCCAAUCCAUUUAGCUUUCAUUCUGUCACUUGGUCUUAGGCCAAAUUUUCUCUGGAAAACAGCACACUGACUGCAGCAACAGCUGGCAGAGGCACUGAGACAGGAUGAGACACCAGACACUAAUUAGUACCUAAAACCUGAGAUGCCUUCUCCUCAGAUAGCACAGACAAGCACAGAGCCUGCCUGCAGCUCAGCUGCCUUUUCACCAAGCCCAUUUGGUGAAAACACUUCUUCCAAAAAACAUCAGGGGCAAAUUCCAGCCACUUUUUCCAUACCAACUUUGGGGUAAAACUCCUGCAAGCACAGGGCAGGUAUGCUGCUGUCCUGCAAGGGCUGUUUGUGUCCCUCAGCUGCAGGCAACCUCACAGCCCAGCUUCAGAGCCAGGUUUCCUACCCAGUGUGAAGGACAGCACAUAUCACAUCCCAAACUGGAUUUCACAGUCUGUAUGGUACAGCCUGUGUGAGUCCUGGAACUCCACUCUCCCAGGGUCUUGCACAAAGCUCAAGGAUGUGGACAGCAGAACUGUCCCAAUAAAAAGCUGGCAGAGCUGAUGGCCCCAGAUCCGUCCUGGCAGCACCCCUGUCCAGGGAAUUCACUGCAUUUGCAGAGACAUUCAACCCUAGCACUGAGAUAACCCUGUAGGAAAGGCAUUUUGUGUUCUUCUUGUGAGCCAGCAAAGGCUUCCUAAAGAUAAGGAAAGCCUUGUAUCUCUCUCGAGGAAGACACCAAGGCUGUGACCAUGGUGACACAAUGGAGGAGAGAAUGUUAAAAGAUACAGACUUUAGCUGGCUCACAAAAUGAAGGGGCUCCUUGUUCACCUAUUGAGAACUUUGUUUCUUUCUUAUGACCAAUGGGCAGUGAAUGUGUCUGUUAAGUAAAUGUAAAUAUCUUGACAAACUAUAAAAGCAACAUGCUGCUGUAAUAAAUCUCUCUUAUGCACCCUUCUGAUGGAGCCUUGGUGCUUUGCUUUUGCUUGGUGUUGUGCUCUAGAGCAACAUCAACUGUCACAGACACAUUUUCUGAAAAAUCC